CUGAUUCACUCGUUUGAAUUAUUCUCUCUGUCUUUCACCCUGGCAGAGGAGUAAAAUGGCCGACCGCUUCGACUGCGACAACUGCAAAGAGUCGCUGUACGGCCGCAAGUACAUCCAGUCGGACGACAGCCCCUACUGCAUCCCCUGUUACGACAGCCUGUUCUCAAACACCUGCGACGAGUGCAAAGAACUGAUCGGCCACGAUGCCAGGGAGCUGUUCUACGAAGACCGCCACUACCACGAACACUGCUUCCGCUGUUUCCGCUGCGACCGCUCGUUGGCAGACGAAACCUUCACCAGCCAGGNUAACGUGUUGAUGCUUUAAAAUUGUAUUUAUGAAAUCUAUUUCUCCUCCUUUUUCUUCUCAUAAUUCCUCUCUGUUUUCCCUCUGGCUCCAGGAACCAGGAAGUUGGAGUACUCAGGCUCAACAUGGCACGAGGGCUGCUUCAUCUGUCACAGCUGUGAACAGCCAAUCGGUUCCAAGUCCUUCAUCCCUGACAAGGAUUUACACUAUUGCGUUCCCUGCUACGAAGACAAGUUCGCUCCACGCUGCGCACGCUGUAAAAAGACCCUGGCCAAAGGGGGCGUGACCUACCGAGACGAGCCCUUCCAUAAGGAGUGCUUUGUGUGCACUAACUGCACGACACAGCUGGCGGGGCAGCACUUCACCUCCCGUGAAGACAGCCCGUACUGCCUGAAGUGCUUCGGCAGCCUGUACGCCAAGAAGUGCGAGGCCUGCAGCAAACCAAUCACAGGAUUCGGAGGAGGAAAGUACAUCUCCUUUGAGGAUCGUCAGUGGCAUCAGCCGUGCUUCACCUGCUCCCAGUGCUCCGUCUCCCUGGUGGGCGCCGGCUUCUUCCCCAACGACGAGAGGAUUCUGUGCCGCGACUGUCACACCAACCUAUAGAGGGCCUCAGAGAGCGCCUCCUCCCGUCCUGUACGUCCUGGUCACAGCGUUUCCAUAAGCUCACAUUAACAAUGGUAGAACAACACAGGCUAACAAAUGCUGCCUCAGGUCUCGUCAGAUAAAAAAAAAAGAAAAAGCACAAAAAAGCCUCACUGCUGCCCCCUGUCUGAACACAUCCUCAGCCAGCAGCCGCAGUUUGGGAAACCCUGUGCCUUGUUUGUGUUCUAUAAAACAACCACUGAUUUUCUUUCCUGUUUUUAAAUCUUAAUUAUUGUGUGAAUGCAGCUUCCUGCCGUGCCUUAUAUAUAAAUAUAUUUCCUCUUUGUUUUUAUUUACCUUUAAACCAAAGAAAAUGCAAACUGCUAGUCACUUUGCCAGAUUUUUUUGUUUAAUAUUUUAUUUGAGAACUUUGCCACUUCAGGUACACAGAAUACCAGCCUUCCAGCCUGUGUGUGUGGUGUAUUUACUGUCUUAAUGCUCUUUAUACUGCAGUUUUUGUGCCUUUUCAAUGUUGCUUUCUUCUGUCUUUGACUUCAAGUCUUACUCUGGGCUUCUUUUUUUUUUUUUUUUUUUUUUCAACAUCUCGUUGUUUAUGAUGAUGUAUUUGUGACACACCGCUGUAAGACCAGACCAAAUGUGUCCUUAAAUACAAUAUUUAAACUAAUAUUUAAACUAGUGCUGGGCAAUGAUUAAAAUGUCAAAUUCAAACAUUUGAGUUGAAAAGGAUUUUCAAGCUUUAUUUCAAAAAGUACUGCUUUCAGAACAAAGGUGCAAAAGAACGAUUGGUUGAGAAUUUCCCUGCGUUUCUGUUCACGUGAGAGCUGCAGCAAUCUCAGCCCCGCCCACAAUGUUCUCACUGGCUGUUCAACACUUGGCCCGCCCCCUGCAUUUUCAAUAACACAUUUCAUUGACAUAGUACACAAAAACACCAACAGCCUUGAACGCCUCACACUGCGUCUGCUUGAUCUAUUUAUUGUAACAAUUGCCAAAAGUUUUUUGUUUACCAAUAAGUAUCUGGGUUUUUUUUGUGAACUUGUUAUAAUGAGAAAAAUAAAUUAUGUCAUUCUUUCA